UUUAUCAACAUCUGCUGACUGGACACGAAACAGAGCGUACGACACUCACGUGAGCACCGAGCUCACGUAAAUAAGCUUUAAAAGUACGAUUAAUCUCUACACAACUUUGUUCGGUCGUGUUUUCUAGCAGGAACGCGGAGCGUAGCAGAGCGAGUCCGGAUACAGGAACCCGCGCGCGCUUGCGUCAGCCAGAGGAUUCACUGUAUUUGAUUGACUUUAAUGUCAAUGACUCCAGACCAUCAAACUAAAGCUUUCUGAGACUGAAAUGCAAAAGCUAGUUUUUCCACUUUGUCGUGUAUUUUUAGAAUCGCAACAUUAUUUUAAUAACUCUAAAUUUUAAGAAAUGUUGACCGCCUAGCAGGCUUGUAGGCUUUAUUUAUUAUUGAAACAUCUCAGGCUGAACUGCAGCGAGAACAGCGCGUCGUUAUUACUGCAGGAUCUGAGGUGAGGGUGGGAUCAGCUGAUGAAAAGUUUACACGUGUUACAGUGCAAGGGUCUUUACUUUACUCUAACGUUACUCUACCUCAGAAGUUGGACUAUCACUCUGUCCAGUGUGAUAUGAGAGGUGCACAGGACUGAAGAGGAACAAGCCACCCCUUUCAUGUUGCUUUCUUUUAUUGUUUUUCCUUCUGUAAAGCCAUAAUUUCUUGUGUUUGCUCCACCAAUUUUACUUGCACAAAAGAUGUCCUGCCUGUUGCUUGGAGUACUAAAGAGGCGAAAUGCCGUCAGCACAGCUUCAGUGGGAGCGCGGUCGCUCGCCUCCAUCGCCUCUCUGCCUCCGUCAGUGGCAGAGUUUGUGUCAGGCGCAGCGGCUGAAUGUAAACCUGCUAAAGUGCACGUGGUCACAGGCACACCAGAGGAGACGGCAGACUUCCUGGCCAACCUGGAGAAAGAGGGCAUGGUAAAGAAGCUCGCCAAAUAUGAAAACUGCUGGCUGGCACGUACUGACCCUAAAGAUGUGGCUCGAGUGGAGAGCAAGACCGUGAUCGUUACUAAGAACCAAAGAGACACUAUUCCUAUCCCCAGCGGAGGUGCCAAGUCCCAGUUGGGUAGCUGGAUGAGUGAGCAAGACUUCCAAAAGGCUAGAGAAGACCGCUUUCCAGGCUGCAUGGCAGGACGCACUAUGUAUGUGAUCCCUUUUAGUAUGGGCCCUGUGAACUCUUCUCUUGCUAAGUUUGGUGUUCAGGUGACAGAUUCUCCCUAUGUGGUGGCUAGUAUGGGCAUCAUGACACGCAUGGGGACACCAGUGAUGGAGAAACUUGCACAAGGAGCAGAGUUUGUGCGCUGCCAACACUCUGUGGGCAGACCUUUACCACUCAAAGGCCCUUUAGUAAAUAGCUGGCCUUGUAACCCAGAGAAGGUGUUGAUAUCACAUCUUCCUGACACCAGACAGAUCCUGUCCUUCGGCAGCGGUUAUGGUGGAAACUCGCUCCUUGGAAAGAAAUGCUUUGCUCUUCGAAUUGCCUCACGCAUCGCCAAAGACGAGGGCUGGUUGGCUGAACACAUGCUGAUUCUAGGAAUCACAAAUCCUCAAGGUGUAAAACGGUACAUUGCAGCAGCGUUCCCAAGUGCUUGUGGGAAAACUAACCUGGCCAUGAUGAAACCAGCUCUGCCAGGCUGGAAGGUUGAAUGUGUGGGGGAUGACAUUGCCUGGAUGAAAUUUGACAGUCAGGGUAAACUCAGAGCAAUUAAUCCAGAGAACGGUUUCUUUGGAGUUGCCCCCGGGACGUCCCUAAAAACCAACCCUCAUGCUAUGGAAACCAUCUCCAGGAACACAGUGUUUACUAAUGUGGGAGAGACCAGUGAUGGAGGAGUGUGGUGGGAGGGUCUGGAACCUCCUGCAUCAGGAAUCAAACUGACAGACUGGCAUGGCAAAUCCUGGAAGUAUGGUGAUUCUACACUGUGUGCUCAUCCAAACUCCAGGUUUUGUGCCCCGGCUGGUCAGUGCCCCAUUAUAGACCCUCUCUGGGAGAGCGAUGAGGGUGUCCCCAUUGAUGCCAUUGUUUUUGGAGGCAGAAGGCCAGAAGGUGUGCCUUUGGUGUAUGAGUCAUUUAACUGGCGUCAUGGUGUGUUUGUUGGUGCAGCUAUGAGAUCUGAAUCCACAGCCGCUGCUGAACAUAAAGGUAAAGUAAUCAUGCAUGACCCCUUUGCCAUGCGUCCUUUUUUCGGCUACAACUUCGGUGACUACCUUGCCCACUGGUUGAGUAUGGAGACCCGCAAAGGCCCAACUCAGCUUCCUAAAAUCUUCCACGUCAAUUGGUUCCGGAAAGAUCAGAAGACCAGCUCCUUCCUGUGGCCAGGAUUUGGAGAGAACGCCCGCGUCCUCGAGUGGAUCUUCAAACGAUGUGGUCGUACCAGUGAAAACGAGGCUGCCACCAAGAGCAUUGUGGGAUGGAUUCCACAAAAUGGUGCCAUAAACACAGAAGGCCUGGGUGGGAAUAUCGAUAUGGAGGCCCUGUUUGACCUGCCCAAACCCUUCUGGCAGAAGGAAACAGAGGAGCUUCGGACCUACUUCACCCAGCAGGUUGGAGCUGACCUUCCUGCACAAGUUGAAGGAGAGCUGAAGGCACUGGAGGAGAGAGUGAGGGAUUGAACAGACACUAUUACAGUAAAUGUGAGGAAUAUGAUGGGUUGAGGUGGAGGUAACUGUUUUGUUGUGACUGACUGUUGCACUGCAGUGAAUGCUGCAUCUGAGAAACCAAAUACUUCACUUGAUACCUUCUGUGGUAUCAGUACCUUAGUGCCUUUUUAUCUUACGGUAGAAGCUAAAAACUCUAUUUAAUGUUUACAAGCUAUUUCCCAAAAUGCCAUUUUAGAUUAUCCCCAGCAAGCAUUUAUUGUGUUUAAAAAAACAUAAAUCAUGGCACAGAAAUAAUGAUGUAUUGAGGUCAAAGGUGUGUUUCACAGACAUCCUAAAUUUAUCCUUGUUUUGGCUAAGACAUCUAUGUCUGGAUGUUUAUUAUUAAUCUAUGUUUAGAUGUUUAUUAGAUGUUUUUUAAAAACACAAAACUGCUUGGUGGGUCAUUUAAGAUAAUAAGUCCACAUUAUGAAUUUAAACCACAACAUCUUUUCAAAAUGAUGAUUUGUCAGUACACUACAUAAUAGUUAGUCAUUUUGAGCAAAAACAUCAGACAUGCAUUCAUGAAAAGCACUAAUAACGUCAUUUGUGCUUUUACUGGAAGUUUUUGAAUUUUUAUUUCCAAAGAAUUUGCCUUUUAUCAGUUGAAUGUGAUUGAUGUGAUUCAGGUUGAGCUAAGGUUGAAUGAUCUGGACCAAAAAGGACUGAUGAGUCUUAAUCAAUGAAUGUGUUCCUGUUUAUACCUGACCUGGCUGAAUAAAUACAACUGUAAAUCAAA